AUGUGGGUUCACCGGAGAACAGAAAGUCCUUCGCCAACAGAGGUUGAAUGCUAUUGGAAAAAGUCAGCAUUAUCCACCAUUGGCACAACGAAGAAAGUUAUCACAACAAAAGAGUUGUGCGAUACACGAAGUGCUGCUGAAUCCAGUUGUUGUCUUCCUGACAACUUUUUUUUCCUGCAAACAGUUUUGGAGACAGCGAAGGAAAAGAAACUGUUGAGUGCCUUAACUAGGCAUAAUUAUACACUCCCAGACAACUUGACAUCUCUAAGCAUUCACCAGUUGCUAAUUGCAUUCCUUGAUCUUGGAGCAUCAAGUGCAGUGGAUGAUUUUUUGGCAUUUGCUUCUACGCAAAUGGAAAAUACAUAUGAACAAGCUCAGCUGCGAACCAAAGACCAGAAAGAUAAUUCAUUAUGGUAUGAAUUACGGUAUGGCAGAAUAACAGCUUCGAAGAUGUAUAAGGCUGCACAUUGUUGUACUGAAAGUGGAUCCUUGGUUCGACAAUGCAUCGGUGCCACCAAAGUGUUUGAUACACUUCCAAUGCAACGAGGGCGAGUACUUGAAGAAGAAGUGCUUUCAGUUCUCGAGAAGAAAGUAAAUGCCAAAUUCAGAAAGUGUGGCCUUCUAUUGAGUCCAAAAUUUCCUAUUCUUGGAGCUUCACCGGAUGCAAUUUCAAACGAAUUUGUUGUCGAAGUGAAGUGUCCAAGUAGUCCUAAAACAGAAAAGGAUUUUUUACCAGGUGGGAAAGUAAAUUCAAAAUGCAUGGCUCAAAUUAAUUUGCAAAUGUUCUUGGCCCAUAAAAAAAAAAGGUUUGUUUUGUGUCGCAGAUCCAAAGUUUGA